AUGCCUCCACCAACCCCACCGCCGAAGCCGCCACCUUUGCCAAUACCUCCGCCCACUCCGCCGCCGAUCCCGCCACCACCACCUCUCUUAUAG